AUGGAACACGGUUCCAUCGAGGGGGGCGUCACCAACAACACUGUUCAUAAUAAGAACGAAACAGAUAUCGAGAAAGCGGUCGACACCCCACAACAGUCUGAUGACUCCAGCGCAGAUCCCAACCUUGUCGACUGGGAUGGCAGAAAUGACCCCGAGAACCCCCAGAACUACAGUAAUCUGCGCAAAUGGGCCAUCACAUUGACUAUGUCCUCUAUGACUAUGUGGAUCACCUUUGCAUCCAGCGUCUUUUCGACUGCGACACUGGUGACCGCGAAGGAGUUCAAUGUAUCGGCUGAAGUAAUGGUUCUCGGCACUAGUCUGGUUGUUUUUGGUUUCGCUCUAGGUCCCCUGUGCUGGGCACCGCUGAGUGAGCUAUACGGUCGUCGCAUCCCGCUGUUCUCAGGCUACCUCAUCUUUGCUAUCUUCCAGAUCCCCGUGGCCGUCGCCCAGAACCUCGAAACCAUUCUGGUCUGCCGAUUUUUCAUGGGUGUCUUUGGUUGCUCUCCUUUAGCCGUCGUUGGCGGUGCCCUGGCUGAUAUUUGGGACCCCGUGGACCGCGCAGUGGCUGUCGCUCUCUUCAGCUCGGCUACUUUUAUGGGGCCUGUUCUUGGCCCAAUUGUCGGUGGUUUCCUCACGGAUUCAUACCUUGGCUGGCGCUGGACCGCAUGGAUCACCUUAAUUGCAUCCGCCUUCUUCGGUUUAAUUGCUCUCUUUGUCGUUCCUGAGACCUACGGCCCAGUCCUCUUGCAAAAGAGAGCUGCCCGUCUUCGCAUUGAAACCAAUAAUUUGGGCCACCAUUCCUACUUGGAUCUACACAAGCCCAAAAUGUCAGACAUCGUUACAAAGUACCUCUUCCGACCAUUUCAGAUGCUCGUGCAAGAGCCGAUCCUGGUUGCUAUGACCAUCUACCUCGCCCUAGUUUACGGAAUCCUCUACCUCUUUUUCGAGGCCUACCCAUUUUCUUUUGGUGAAAUCCGCGGUUGGACCCACGCAGGCAUAGCUGCCAUCCCAUUCAUCGCCAUUAUUAUCGGCGUCUUGCUCGGUGCCUGUCUCAUCAUAUACACCACGAAGACUCGUUUUGCGCGCAAACUUGCAAAGCAUGGCAAGGUCGUUCCCGAAGAGCGCCUCGUGCCAAUGAUGAUCGCCUCUGUAUUGCUGCCAAUCGGUCUGUUCUGGUUCGGCUGGACUUCCAGCCCAAAUAUCUCCUGGGUGCCACAGGUCAUUGCCGGCGUGCCUAUUGGUCUGGGUAUCCUGGUUAUUUUUAUGCAGGGUCUCAACUACCUCAUUGAUGUGUACAUGAUGUUUGCCAACUCGGCCAUCGCGGCAAAUACUCUCGUCCGUUCGACAUUGGGUGGCGCGUUCCCGCUAUUCGCUACACAAAUGUACCAGAAUCUAGGCGUACCUUGGGCAUCUAGUGUUCUGGGUUUCAUUACUGUGGCUAUGAUUCCCAUUCCUAUUUUGUUCUUUAUCUAUGGGUCCAGAAUUCGCGCUAUGAGCAAGUUUAGUCCUAAGUUCUAG